CGCUGUGGUGAAGCAGACGUCCUCAGAGGCUCGCAGAGAGCCUGACAGGAAGCCUGCAGCCAAAGGCUCGGAGCAGAGGAGCAGCCAUCUUUCUCAGGCUCACCUGCUGGUGGGAGCGGUGAAGAGACGCAGCUCCUCACAGUCUGCAGACAGCAAGAGGCCGAAGGUGGACCACACAUCAUCAUCAUCAUCAUCAUCAGGAGCAGUGUGGACAGAGCAGCAGGGCGGAGCGUCAGCAGGAGGAGGAACGGAGGCGCCUGAGGACCACCGAGCGCUUCCUGGCCUGACGGCGAAGACGCCCACCGCUCCCCCAGGCUCCGCCCACGGCGUGCUGCACCUGCCGUCCGCCGCCGUGUGUGUCGGCGUCUUACCGGGACUCUGUGCCUAUUCUGGCAGCAGCGACUCUGACAGCAGCUCUGACAGUGAAGGCUGAGCCUCCAAUCCCGCCUUGACCUCCUCCCAUCCCAUCCCAUCCCCAGCCCCCGCAGCUUUGUGAUUGGCUGAAGGAACAGUGAUUGACAGCUGUGGAGCAAAGAAGAGUCACAUGAUUGUUUUAGCAGCAGAGACACUUUUCCAGUUUUUUUUCUGUUUCUUGUUUGAAACUUGUGCUGGAAAAAGGUUUGUUUUUGUCCCAGAUGUUGUGAAAAACAAAAGAUUUUAUUUCUGUUGUUUAAAUCUGAAUAAUGUGAGUUUCCAGAGCUGGCUGAGGGAUGUGACGCACCGUGGGAAUAUAAAGAACCAUGACAACAGGAUGUUGGUGAAACUGUAUUUAUUUUAUAAUCCACACAUGUACCUGCAGUUCUUCUAGUCAGGAUUACUCAGCAGUUAAUCUUGUUUUAAUUAGAAACUCAGUAAAAAUAAAGAUAUUUGAUUCUGAUGA